CUGUGCGUAAAAAGGCAGGACCGAGGGCACGCAGCUCCAAGUCCCGUCCUCUGCUCUCACCUGAAGCAGCGGACACACACAGGUAGAGGAGCCGGAAGAACAGGUCGACUCGUCCCCAUAGCACUGCUUUCCAUAGUAACUUAAGGCGUUUCUGAAAUCAAAACUCCGCCGUCUACUUUGUUAUGUUUUAAAAACGCGAUUUAUUUAUGAAAGUGCAGCGGCAUCGGAGGAAACAUGACAGAGCAAGGAAAGAAGUUGAUUCUGAUCGUGGUGGAUAUUCUGUGUGUCUUUGUUGCGGCUCUUCCCUCAGCCAUCCUGACACUGAGGUUCAUUCCAUACCAAAGAGGAAUCUACUGCGAUGAUAAGAGCAUCAGCUAUCCCUACAGGAGAGACACAAUCUCCCAUGGAGCCAUGGCGGCCGUCACCAUCACCUGCUCCAUCGUUAUAAUCACCACUGGAGAGGCCUACCUUGUGCACACAAAGCGCCUGCACUCAAACUCCCAGUUCAACCAGUACCUGUCAGCUCUUUACAAGGUGGUCGGCACCUUCCUGUUUGGAGCAUCAGUCAGCCAAUCACUGACCGACAUGGCCAAGUUCAUUAUAGGUCGCCCUCGUCCGAACUUCCUGUCUGUGUGCGCCCCGGUCAGCUGUAACGGCUACAUGCUGCAGAUCAACUGCACCGGCUACCAUCGCAAUGUGACUGAGUCCAGGUUGUCGUUCUACUCCGGCCACUCGUCCUUCGGGAUGUACUGCAUGCUCUUCCUGUCGCUCUACGUCCAGGCCCGGAUGCAGGGGAAGUGGACACGCCUCGUUCGACCCACAAUCCAGUUCUUCCUGCUGCUGUUCUCUUUCUACGUCGGAUACACGCGCGUGUCUGACUUCAAACAUCACUGGAGUGAUGUUCUGGUGGGGCUGCUGCAGGGAGCCCUCAUCGCCGUGCUCACUGUCCGAUAUGUGUCCGACUUCUUCAAGCAGCGAGCGCCCCCCUGCACACACACAGACACGGCGGAGAUCGAACAUCUUGAGCGUAAACCGAGCCCCCAGCCUCCCGACCCUCAGCACGGAAACCACUACAACUACACCGGACCUGUAUGAGCCCCUCACAGCAGCUCCUCUUACUAACCUGGGCCUUCAACCUCUCCCACAGCAGCUCCAUUAUCCACGGACCUGUGACUUACCCACAAUGCAGUAACCACUAGACAGGAAUCCAGACUUGCUCCACUCGGCGACAGCUUCCCGACUAUUUUACAGCUUUGAAAACUCAAGAGAUUCCCUAAACCUGUUGGAACAGCAGCGCCACUGUCUGUGUCUGUCACUUAGGGCGUGUGCUGUGGAAAUAUGUGAUUGAUUGUGUUGUUCUGUUUGACGGUGUGCAAUGAUAUAUAUUGUUGUUUUUAAUUCUGUGUUGCAUUUAUGAGGAGAGUUAUUAGAAGUUGAUGCUGUGAGUUAAACCGAAAAGUGAGCAAAGACUGCGAAAGAGAUCUGUCAAUUUCAAAAGCACCAGCCGAAGACUUUUCUGUCCUUCAGAAAAAAACCUUGAGAUGAGAAUUGUAUUUUAACUACACUGGAGCUAGAUUAUAUCUGCCUGUCUCUAUAUUUGUACCGUCUUUUAGAAGAUAAGCCUGUGUAAUGGACUGUUUUAACUAAAUACCUGAUUAUGUAUUACUAACAUUUUUAUUAUGUGUAUUACUACUGUAUCUAAUAAACUGUGUAGCUUUUUAAGAAUGGCUUACCACUGCUUUGCUGUGACGUUAUAACACAACUUUUAGAGCUGGCAACUUGAUUUAUUUUCUUUAUAGAGACUAACUUCACGUAAAUAAUUGGAAAAGGACAGACAAAACAAAUGAAGACGUUACUCGGGAAUACUCAUCUGAUAAACCAUAUUUUCUCUUGAACCUCAAUACAACCACAAUUUCAAGUCAAACUGGACAUCUUCCUUACAUUUAUAUAAUAUGUGUAAUCUAUUAAACAUAAUGUAAUCAUUUAUUUUCCUCAGCCUGUCGGAUGUUUUAUGUAAUUCUUUGCCAUAAAUGUUAGCCAGCA